AUGGCGCUGAAGAGCUACCACCGCGAAACUCUGAAUGAUAACUGGUAUGAAGAGCGCGCAGCACCGUUGAACGGCGUGCUGCCUCGCGAUGGAGUGAAGGAGUACAAGACGACAACAGGAACCGACUUCAACGGGUCCCAGCCGAUCAUCCCGCGUCAAAGGCCUCGCAUGAUCAACGACAGCAACGUCGACGAGGCCAUUCGCCAGACAGCCUCUCUCGACUGGAGCCGAGGCUUUCGCUCUGUGCUUCCGGUGCCCGACCCGGAGCCGGACCGCGGGAUGAUCUCGACGCAGCAUCGGGUGUUUGUCAACCACUUUGGAUCCUCCUCCCAAGCUUCGUACACGUCAUCCGCUGGGGCGAUGAUUGCUGCUGGAGGGCCUGGUGGAAGAACUGUCGAGCGUGGCAAGGCUGCGUCCGGCGCAAUGGGUGAGGUGUACAAGAUGAGCUCCGAGCCGCAAAAGGAUACCCUUGCGCAGCGAUCCUGGAUGUACUCCACCGACCCGAUGAUUGCCGUCAUGCAGAAACGAGCUGCAAUGGAAGGAACUCAGUCGAAGACGCCCUCGGAGCCGCAGCAGGCGAAGGCCGAAAACUACGGACGGCAGAUCACCUCCAUCACGAGUAUCAGACACCACCACAAAGGAGUCUUUGUCGACGAUGAACCAGAACACCAGCAGUAG